CAUCCUGUUCUUUCCCAAUCAUAAAACUCCCUGACCCAGUUUUUCUUUGUACUUCCUGAGCACAAGAAGUCCACUAGAGAAUCCAAACUCCUAGCAAAUCCAAAAUCUUAAGUAGAAAACACACAUGGAACGCUUGGUGCCGUGCCACAUAGUCGCGGUAUUAGCCGUGGUCAUGGCAAUGGUUGUGCCGGCCUAUGCCCAGAUCAGUACCCCUUGCAACACAUCAACGAUAAGCACUUCCUUCACCCCAUGUGUUGGCUACCUCACAGGCAGCAGUUCCAAUAGCACCUCCCCCACCGCGGCGUGCUGCAAUUCAGUCAAGUCCCUCACAAGUGGCGGCAUGGAUUGUUUGUGCCUCAUCGUCACCGGCAGUGUUCCCUUCAGAAUACCGUUCAAUAGAACCUUGGCCAUCUCUCUUCCUCGUGCUUGCAAUUUGCCUGGUGUUCCUGUUCAAUGCAAAAGCACGGGUUCUCCUCUUCCUGCUCCAGGACCAGCAGCACUUGGACCAUCUCUUUCCCCUGCAUCUGCUCCUUCUGGAUUGAUUCCAUCUCCAAGUCCUCAAGAUUCUCCUCUUCUCCCCUCACCAGUUACACCUUCUCUGUCCCCGGAAUCUGACACGACCCCUCCAUCGGUGGACUCCGGUGCCCCUUCUGCGACAAGUGGCCGUGCCGGUCUGACUCCAUCAUCCGCCGUCUCAUCUUACAGUCUCCUGCCUUCUGCCGUACUUGUUGCGUUGGGAUAUGGUGUUCUUAAACACUACUAGGUUGUGUGCAAUGCAUGGUUAUUUCUUUGGGUUUUGCUCUGAUUCAUUCAUACCCGCAUUGGGAGACACACUAUUUAUCAAAUGAAAAGGCAAUGAUUGUAUCCACAAAUGACCACAAUAAAUUCUUAUUGUUUCCAUUUA